UGUGCAGUGCUGCACGGCGCCCUGGAUUUUUGACGGGGCUCCUGUCAUGCACAAUGGUUAUGGCCCACCCGGUUGGGCAUCCUCACUCACAGCCGCACAACCAGAUCUCGUCGGCCCCGUCGGACCGCGAGAGAGAAAGAGACCGUGCGGGUCCGUCUGGCCAAGGACUGAUUCGCCACGGUAGCUCGUGGUUUCAGAAGAAGAUCAAUCUACGGCCACAGCACCGUGGAGGCCAUCUGAUCACCGACGAAAUUCUCAAACAGGUGCCUGAAAUUCAACAAUUCGCCGUCGGUCUCCUGCACAUUCAAAUAAUGCAUACCUCAGCUAGCCUGGCUCUCAAUGAAAACUGGGAUCCCGACGUUCGAGACGACGUCGAGAAUUUCAUGAACAAACUUGUGCCGGAAAACCUCCCCUAUCAGCAUUCUUGCGAGGGACCAGACGAUAUGCCGGCUCACAUAAAAUCGCUGCUCUUCGGUUCCUCGUUAUCCAUACCAAUAACCGACGGUCGGUUGAAUCUGGGCCAGUGGCAGGGCGUCUGGCUUUGUGAACACAGAAAUAGAGCGGGCUCUAGAAAACUAGUUAUAACUAUAAAUGGAUCUUUGAAGGACACUUAA